AUGACGUUUGCAUGGCCCUGUCUGAUACCUAAGAACUGUGUUGAUCCCGCCACCAAGUACCACGGACAUCUGCUCUUGUCGCAUAUCAUCGCUAAAUUUGCAAUACAUAAGAGGAUUGUGCUGCAGGUGUUUCACAGCCUGUUGAAAGCCCAUGCGGUGGAAGCAAGAGCUGUAGUAAAGCAAGCUUUGGAGAUUCUUACUCCUGCCUUACCUACUCGAAUGGAAGAAGGCAAUACCAUGCUAACACACUGGACAAAGAAAAUCAUCGUUGAAGAAGGUCACACAGUGGCUCAGCUUGUACACAUGCUGCAACUAUUGGUACGGCACUACAAAGUCUACUAUCCAGUCAGACAACACCUCAUACAGAAUAUGGUGAAUUCAAUGCAGAGACUUGGAUUUACCGCUAACGCUACCAUAGAACAUCGUAGAUUGGCAGUAGAUUUAGCCGAAGUAAUCAUCAAAUGGGAGGUACAGAGGAUAAAAGAGGACCAUGAUACUAGUGAUCAUACAAUUGAAUUACAGAGUAUAUCAUCUGGCUUAGCGUUGAAGAGAACUGGUGGUAGUAUAGAAGGUCAACCUGAUCUUAAACGUCCUAGGAUUGCAUCAACGAGUACACCACAGCAGGUACCACGUAGCAUAUCAUCAGAGCAGAACAAGCCAAUCGAAAAGCAGUAUGCCGAUGCAGUUGUCAAUUUUCUUCUUCGCAUUGCCUGUCAAGUCAAUGAAACAUCCACAACAAUGGGUUCACCGGGAGAACUGUUGUCAAGGCGAUGUGUACAGUUACUCAAGAUGGCAGUACGACCUGAGGUGUUUCCGCAGGCCGAUUUGAAACUUGUUUGGUUUGAUAAACUCUUCAUGACCUUGGAUUCACCAGCGCAAGCAAAUUAUGCAAAUAUAUGUACUGGGUUAGAGGUGCUUACGUUCUUACUCGGUGUCAUGAAUAAGCCCCAGAUAUUGGCCAGCUUCAAACCAUUGCAGCGUGGUAUAGCUGCUUGUAUGACUUGCCCCAACUCCAAAGUUAUCCGUGGUAUACACACACUACUCACUAAACUGAUGAAUCUAUUUCCAACUGACACAAUUUCUAACAUAGCAUCAAAAUAUGAGGAGUUAGAAUGUUUGUAUGCCAGUGUUGGUAAAGUUAUCUAUGAUGGACUCACUAACUAUGAAAAGUCAGCGAGUGGAAAUCCAUCAAGUUUGUUUGGUACACUGAUGAUACUAAAGGCCGCAUGUAUGUCUAAUCCGUGUUACAUUGAUCGACUAAUAGCAGUCUUCAUGAGAUCUCUACAGAAAAUGACAAGAGAACAUCUUACACCAAUUGCCAGCGAACUAUUGAUCGUAAGUUUGGAUCUGGUUAAGAAUCGAGUGGGCGUCAUGAGCAGCGAAAUGAGACGUAAUUUCAUCCAAUUGAUUAUGACGUUAAUAGAGAAAUCCCCUGAGUCUAAAGUAUUGAAAGCUAUCACCAAGAUGGUGGAUGACUGGAUUAAAGUGAAGACACCUAUCGCUAUCAACCAGUCACCUUCACAGCGUGAGAAAUCCAUAUUACUUGUUAAAAUGAUGCACUUUGUUGAAAAGAGAUUUCCAGAUGAUCUUGAACUGAACGCACAGUUCUUAGAUUUAGUCAAUUACGUGUAUAGGGAUGACAGUUUGACUGGUACUGAAUUGACAGCCAAAUUAGAACCAGCAUUUCUAGCAGGACUACGAUGUACUCAGCCACACAUCAGAGAAAAAUUUUUUGAAGUGUUUGAUAACAGUAUGCGACGACGCAUUUACGAUCGGCUGCUGUACAUCACAUGUUCACAGAACUGGGAGGCGAUGAGUACACAUUUCUGGGUGAAGCAAUGUAUAGAGCUAAUAAUGGCAGUUGGCGUAAGUGGUAUAUCUAUAACCAGUUCCGCUACGUCUCACCUCCUGCCGCCCGUCAUGUCGGUUAUCAACUUAGCGGAGAGCCACGACAGAGAAGCAUUUACAUUCAUCAGCCGAAUAAAAGAAGAACCGAUGGACGUGGAAACGGUGGAUAAUUCCAAAGACGAGGAAGUUGAGAUAGACAUAGAAUUAUCUCAUUCUGAUACCGGCAUGGGAGAUGCCAAUUCAGCAGCACAUUCACAACAUUCUAAAUCACAACCUCUGGAUCCUAAACAGCAUUUACAAAUAAUGACUGCUAGACAUGGUAAAUUUAUCGAAAGUGUGCGAGAAAUCAAGACUAUUACUUUUCUGAAAGCUGUAUCUCAGUUAUGUCAUAACAAUACAGAGUUAGCCCAUCAGUUGUGGAUCGAUCUCUUUCCAAGACUCUGGAAAAUACUGACAGAUAGACAACAAACUGGUUUAGCCAGUGAGAUUGUACCGUUUCUAUGCAGUGGUAGUCACCAACAUCAAAUUGAGUGCCAGCCUAGUUCUAUCAAUACGUUUGUGGAGGCGAUAUCACUGUGCGUUCCGGCAAUCCCGAUAAGACCAUGCGUUCUCAAGUACCUCGGUAAGACGCAUAAUCUAUGGCAUAGAUGUACGUUAAUGUUAGAACAGAAUGCCAUUGAUAGUGGCUUCCAUGCUGCCUUGAGACCACGUGCUGCCAGUGAUUACUAUGAACAAGAUUCCAUUGUACCUCCACAACAGGAAACAUUAGACUCAUUGUCUGAGCUCUAUGAAUUACUACAAGAGGAAGACAUGUGGGCCGGCUUGUGGCAAAAGAGAUGUAAAUUCCCUGAGACAGCAACAGCUAUAGCUUACGAACAACAAGGAUUCUUUGAACAAGCUCAGAACGCUUAUGAAAUGGCAAUGAGUAAAGCCAGGACAGAACACAACUCCGGUACGGCAUCUCCAUCAGUUUUCCCAGAAUACAGACUAUGGGAAGAGCACUGGAUCAGAUGUUCGGAGGAGCUAAGCCAAUGGGAUUUAUUGAUGGAUUUUGGUAAUGCUAAAGGCCACACUAAUCCACAUCUGGUGCUGGAGAGUGCAUGGAGGGUUCCUAACUGGGGAGUGAUGAAGGAGGCCGUGGCACAGGUUGAGCUAAGCUGCCCGAGAGAAAUGGCGUGGAGAGUUAAUUUAUAUCGUGGUUACCUCGCAAUCUGCCAUCCUGAUGAACACCAUCUGAAUCUGAUCGAACGUUUAGUAGAGAUGUCGAGUAAACAGGCCAUCAAAGAAUGGAGAAGACUGCCAAAUGUUGUAUCACAUAUACAUACACCACUCUUACAAGCCGCACAGAGAAUAAUAGAAUUACAAGAAGCGGCUCAGAUUCACCAGGGUUUACAACAAGCUAACAUUGGUAGAAAUUCAAGCAUACAUGACAUGAAAGCUAUCGUCAAAACAUGGAGGAAUCGUCUUCCGAUGGUUUCUGAUGAUCUGUCUCAUUGGAGUGACAUAUUCAUGUGGCGACAGCACCAUUACCAAGCUAUCGUACAAUCCUAUGAAAGCCAUGCACAGCACGACCCACAAUCUUCAAGUCAUGCUAUGUUAGGGGUCCAUGCCUCGGCGCAGUCAAUAAUAUACUAUGCUAAGAUUGCUAGAAAACAAGGGUUAACUGGUGCUUGUCUAGACUGGCUUAGCAGAAUCCAUACCAUUCCCAGCGUUCCAAUCGUAGAUUGUUUUCAGAAGAUAAGACAACAAGUCAAGUGUUAUUUACAGAUGGCGGGCACUAUGGGGAAAAAUGAAUUACAGGAAGGACUUGAAGUGAUUGAGUCGACAAAUCUCAAAUAUUUCACAAAAGAAAUGACAGCCGAGUUUUAUGCGCUAAAAGGAAUGUUUCUGGCACAGAUUGGAAGAUCUGAUGAAGCAAACAAAGCUUUCUCUGCUGCCGUUCAAAUGCAUGAUACAUUAGUGAAAGCAUGGGCGUUGUGGGGAGAAUAUUUAGAAGGUAUAUUUACCAGAGAAAGGCAAAUUAACCAUGGUGUGUACGCAAUCACGUGCUACCUACAUGCUUGCCGACACCAGAAUGAAAGCAAGUCAAGGAAAUAUUUAGCUAAGGUGCUAUGGUUAUUGACUUACGACGAUGAAACGUCAAGUCUAGCGGAGGCUGUGGAUAAAUACUGUGUCGGGAUACCAGCCAUUCAGUGGUUACCAUGGAUUCCCCAACUGUUGACGUGUUUGAUUCGCAAUGAAGGUAAACUCAUUCUUAACCUACUGGGUCAGGUUGGUAAAGUCUUCCCGCAGGCCGUCUACUUUCCAAUCAGAACUCUGUACCUUACACUCAAGAUUGAGCAGAGGGAGAGAUAUAGUGUUAAUACGUCGGUAUCGCAGCCAGCCAGCCAAUCAAGUGGUAGCACAUCUGAUCCAGGACCGAUCAGAGCUACAGCACCCAUGUGGCGUUGUAGUCGUAUUAUGCACAUGCAACGAGAUCUCCACCCGACGUUAUUAUCCUCACUGGAAGGAAUCGUUGAUCAGAUGGUUUGGUUUCGUGAAAGCUGGUAUGAAGAAGUACUACGACAGCUGAGACAAGCACUCACUAAAUGCCAGGCUGUUGCGUUUGAAAACAGGGGUGCAGUUACGGAAGCGCAGGUUACUCCGCACACGUUGAACUUUGUCAAGAAGUUAGUCAGUACAUUUGGCGUGGGUAUUGAGAAUGUCUCGAGCGUUGCUACCACAUUCUCCAGUUCGGCAUCAGAGUCUCUGGCUCGACGAGCUCAAGCAACUGCUCAGGAUCCAGUUUUCCAGAGGCUGAAAGGACAGUUUACAACAGACUUUGACUUCACACUCCCAGGUUCUAUGAAGUUACAUAAUCUAAUCGCUAAGCUGAAAAAAUGGAUCAAGAUACUCGAAGCAAAGACUAAACUACUGCCAAAGUCAUUUUUAAUUGAAGAGAAGUGUCGAUUUUUGAGUAAUUUUUCCAUGAACACGGCUGAAGUUGAUCUUCCUGGUGAAUUCUUACUGCCAAAACACGGCCACUAUUACGUACACAUUGCUAGAUUUAUGCCAAGGGUUGAUAUCGUGCAGAAACACAACACAGCUGCCAGAAGACUGUAUAUCAGAGGGCAGAAUGGAAAGGUAUAUCCAUAUCUAGUUGUCAAUGAUGGCUGUCUGAAUGAAUCAAGGCGAGAGGAAAGAGUUCUUCAACUUUUGAGAAUGCUUAAUCACUUCCUAAUCAAAAGAAAAGAAACUGCCAAGCGUCAUCUGUAUUUCACAGUGCCGCGUGUAAUUGCUGUCUCACCGCAGAUGAGAUUAGUGGAAGACAAUCCAACAUCCAUAUCCCUCAAUGAUAUUUAUAAACAGCGGUGUGCUAAGAAGAAUAUAGAGCAUGAUUCCCCGGUGGUUCGUUACUAUGAUCGGUUAGCGACGGUACAAUCCAGAGGGUCACAAGCAAGUCAUCAGGUACUCCGAGAUAUACUAAAAGAUGUACAGAGUAACCUUGUACCUAGAGGACUUCUCAAAGAAUGGGCUUUACAUACAUUCCAUGGUGCUACCGAUUAUUGGACUUUUAGAAAACAGGUAAUUUUACAUAUUUUUUGU